CGGAAGUGAAAGAGGUCCUUCUGACUCGCCGUACCAGGAAGUGUAUACGUUUCCAACAUGGCAACCCUUGACGUCCACGUCCGAAUAUGUGAACAAGAAAUAUUAAAAUAUGACUUAGAAGUCAAAGCGCUUAUCCAGGAUAUCAUGGAGUGCAAAGGUCCUCAGAGCAAGCUUACCGAACUCAAUGCUAACGUAAAAAAGGGGUUGCAAAAUCUACGAUUACUUAUACAAGAUUUGGAGCAGAUGGCGAUGGAGCAAGACAAAGAGUCUGACAAGCUGGCCUUGAUCCGUCAGGUAGAGGGACACAGGAAACAGAUGCAGAGCAACCAGACCGCGUGGAGGAAGUCCAACCUGGCCAGUAAAUUGUCAAUCGACAAUAUGGAGAAGCAGGCACUCCUUAAUGGAGCUGAUAGUGGCGCAAGACAGAGGAAGUCAACCAAAGAGGACAUGGCUGAGACGUCCAGUGACAUUACAAAGAACCUGAUGAGCAUCAGUCGAAUGAUGGCCCAGCAGGUUAACCAGAGCGAGGAGACGAUGACAAAUUUAGCUACGUCAUCCAGGACCAUCCAAGACACCAAUGACGAAUUUAAGACCAUGUCAGGGACCAUCAAGUUGGGAAGGAAACUUAUCACCAAGUACAACCGCAGGGAGCUGACUGAUAAACUGCUCAUCUUUCUUGCACUGGCCCUCUUCCUCGCCACUGUUCUUUACAUCCUGAGAAGAGAAUAUUUCCUUUCUUUUGAGGAGUGCAAGACCACCUCCACUGCUCCACUAUACCAAGUGAGCUCAAAUUAUUUUCAACAUGCUGCUUGUUAACCAAAAUUAAGUCAUCCGUCUAAUAAGAGUGUGAUUAAUUUUUCCAAAAUAAUGUACUUCUUUAGAUGCAAAAAAAAAGCAUUGCAAUAAUAACAAAAAACACACAUUGUACUUUGUGAUCAUAUAUCUGUUGAAAUUAGGCCCAAUGUGAAUUCCUGGUGUAGGCUUUUCUUGCAAAUAAUAAUUUUAACUACUCAUUAAACUUUGUUGUUAUUUGUCAAUAUGAUGCCGUCAAAAAUGACAGACAGCAUAGAAUAUUUAGUAUUCCAAUUGAGGUCAGUCUUGCAUAUAACACUUACAUUUGGCAACCAAUCAAACUUGUUAAUCAAGUACGUGGAGAAUGACACAAUUAGAUACAGCGGAACAUCCAAAGUCAAAUACUAAUUUCUUUUUUGUGAUUUGGAGACAUGUUUUGGCCCUCCCCUCCCCCCAAAAAAUAUUUACUAUUAACCCUCAGGGGACAAAUGCUGACUUGUUUGUCCUUUCAGUACACGUUUGCUGUAUUUUCGUCAUGUUUUUUUUAUUGUGGUACUCCAUUAUACAUGUUUUUUCCUAAAGGUUUUUUUUUUCCAUGUUUGAUUAAAAACAAUCAAUGUUCAAUUCUUACACUAGCAGUUAUAUGACAAUAAUUGAAAGCCAAACAGGACAAUAAAGUACUAUAUUUCAAGGGCAUAAUCACAUUUUGGAUUCAUAUUUUUGGCUACUUUUUUGGCUGAAAUCGCUCGAUCAACUUCAGCCCUAAACAAAAUGACCAAACAUAAUGUGAUUGUGUUGUAUUAUUUAACCCUUUUGAAGGGCUUUUUGAUCAAAUUAUGUCACAUGAGUUUUUUUUUUUAAUACAUUUGCAUAUAACAUUAGUGAUAUCACACAUUUAAAACUAACAUUAUCUGAACGAAAGGCUCAACAUGUAAAAAAAAAAUAAAAAAAAUCAUUACAUGUUUGAUAUUUUUGAUUAGGACUAAAGUUCUAUUGAUAAAUUUGAACAAAAAAACUAGAGCGAGAUACUGAAACCAGUUGCUCUGAUGCUGCAUCAUCAGAAUAGAUGUAGUAAUAGUGUCAAAGUGUUUUGACUAAUUUUAAGGUAGAAAAAUGCUAUACAAGUGUAAUCCCUUUAACAUAAAAACAAUAAAUAAAAGGUCAAUCCAAAAUGUAUAGGGCCUUUAAAAACUCAAAGACUUUUAUAUUUGACUUUAAAGGCAAAUCAAAUUGACUGUCCCGAGAGGGAUUAUGGAGUAUAUAAAAAAUGUAUACAUAUUUAUUAGAAUAAAUAUAUAACCUUUUUUUUUCUGCAGACAAGUGCAAAGAGAAUGGGCAAGUUACUUACAAAAAUUUAAUUAUUAGUUAAGUAUUUGAAAGUAAUGCAUUUUUUACUAUCUAAGUAUCUCACGAUUGUUGUUACAUUAAUUCCACAUGACUUUUGAGUUAUUUUUGUCAUAAAGUGCUUUAUUACUUUAUUACACAGAUGGCUACCUGCAACAAGACAACAAUGCCAGAACAUCUUAUUUUUUGUAUAGCUUUUUACAUUAGAAUAACAAAUGAGUUGCUAACCAAAAAAAGUGCUAAUUUUAAUUCUGUCUAUAUUCAACAACUCACCAUAUAAACUAAAAACAAAACACUCAUUUCCAUUUAUGUCCAAUGGUGGGUACAUCAGCUGUAAAUAACAAACAAGACAGCUAAGGACCUUCAAUUUGAUAAAUAAUGGUCCUUGUUUUGGAGUAAGUAUUGGCAAAAAAACAUAUAUAAAAUGAGCUUAUCUUUACUUCAGUUUUGCAAGAAUUUAAGGUUCUGUACAUUGCAUCAAAAUGUCCCUGUACUUUUAACCCAUAACUAUACAUUUCAAACAGGGAUUUGAAGCUUUCAGAAAGGUUUGCACCUCCUAAAAACACCUGUUAGCCUUGCUUGCAAGUUACGUGCAAGCUGUAGCCACGAGCACAUAUAUGGCCAAGACAGAACAGCACGCAUCCCUGUCUUUCUUCAGAUAAGACCCGGAAAAGCAAACUAUCCUGCCCGUUUUUCCCUCUCCAAUGUGGGCAAGGGUAAGGGGAGGGGGAUAUUUUUGGUCUGUGUGGAUUUGUUAUCUGACGUUGCCUUUUCAGCACCUCAUAGGAGAGCGUGUCCAGAGGAGCUGCAUGACCUCGCUGCCAUCGCCUCACAUUGCCAUCAUUUUAAUAAGAUAUACUUGCAUUUGAUGGAGUUGACAUGCAGGUGUAAUUAUAUGCCUUAUUCACUUACACACAUUGCUCAUACUUCAGUAAUCAUUUUAUUAUCUUCUGAAGGGACAAUACUAUAAAAAUGUAAUUUGGAGUUAUCCGUGUACAUCUUGUAAAAGUAAAAAAUAACACUGUAUUGUCUAAAUAGCGGCGUGGCAGCACAAUGAGUGCCCCUCUUUGUGAACAUUUUCAAGUAGCGUCCAAAUGUCAAUGUUGUUAUGCACUGCCUUAAUCCUCUUGGGCAUCGAAUAUAUCAGAUGUCGACGUCAGGGUGUCGGUGGAUGCACCUUCCUUUGCUUGAGGAUUGGGGUCCAGGAGACAUAUUUUGCCACUCCAUCACUUUUAUUUUCCUCUGCAAGGUGGUGUGUUUGAACUCCUUAUCCUGUUGCGCCAUGCGGCCUGCUUUUUCAAGCAGAAUGUGACACCAAGUGUUGGAAUUCACGUUUCGCCUCGAUGUACCGCAAGUCCUCCAUGCUCGCGCACCCCUAGACCAUGACACUAUACCCGUGCACCAUGUUGCUUGAGUACAGGAAACACAGUUAUCAUUGUAGUCACUUGUGUUGCAAGCCAUUUACACAAUAAUAUAGCUGUGUGUUCACUCAUUUUCAGUGGACAUAGUAUAUAUACUGCAAGCUGUACACUGACUGCUCUAAACUAAAAUGGUUGCUGAAAUGUGAGACGUGAACUUUUGUGAGUUAUAAUUGUGCAUGUUCCUUUUAAGUGUCUACUUUAUCUUUAACAUAAAUGGAUUUGUUUGCCUUGAGCACCUUAUAGUGUCGACCGAGUGCACCGAUGAGUUUGAGGAUGUAAACAUAUCCUAAACCGGGGGUCAGAAACCCGCGGCUCUCGAGCCGCAUGCAGCUCUUUAGUGCUGACCUAGUGGCUCCCUAGAGCAUUUUUAGGAAAGGAUUGAAAAUGGGGAAAUUUUUUUGUUUGUUUUAGUAUGUUUUUUGUUUGAGGACAAACAUGACACAAACCUUCCCAAUUGUUAGAAAUCCCUGUUUAAUAUGUUUGUGUGUAUGCUUCACUGAUGAGAGUAUUUGGUGAACAUCGUUUUGUCCUACUAAUUUUGGCGGUUCUUGAACUCACCAUAGUGUGGACUGUGACGCAACAGUUUGUUUACAUCUACAAUAUGCCACUCCUUCUUUGUCUCAUUUUGUCCACCAAAUGUUUUAUGCUGUGCGUGAAUGCCCAAAGGUGCACUUUGUUGAUGUUAUUGACUUGUUAGAGUGCUAAUCAGGCGUAUUUGGUCAGUGCAUGACUGCAAGCUAAUCAAUGCUAACAUGCUAUUUAGGCUAGCUGUAUGUACAUAUUGCAUCAUAAUGCCUCAUUUGUAGGUAUAUUUGAGCUCAUUUAAUAUCCUUUACUUAUGUCCUCUUUGUAUUUAAUUUAUAUUUGCAUGUCUCAUGACACAUUAUCUGUAUGUAAUAUUGGCUGCAUUUCAGAUAGUUGUUUGUGUGCCAUGUUGUUCCAGACCACAGCAAACAUUACCUAGCUUGCCAAAGAUUGUAAUAAA